AUGUAUUUUAUACCCCUUGUUGCAGCCAUCGCCAUUUACGCGUUCCUAGUUCGGGCGCUACGAUAUCGACGCCGCGAUGGUUUCCAGCGGAGAUUCCCGCAGUACCAAACACGGGAAGAGAUGGCUUCAUUGCCAUUAUCAGAAGCCGCUUCAGUGCUGCGUGAACUGUCCGAGAGGGAAUUUCCCGUAACCUUCUAUACUUCUGUUUCCUUCGCACUAUUCAAGACAUAUGGGAUCCCAACGAUCUCCAAACUUUUGGUAGCCACGAGCCAGCUUUCGGGAGAUCGCACGGCCUCAAAGCGUAGAACAGAUACGGGAGUCCUGAUGUUUGAAAUCAUCUACAACGCACCAGACUCCAGACGCAACAUCGACGCCAUCUCUCGUGUUAACUUCCUUCACAGCCGCUGGAGGCAAGCCGGAAAAAUCUCCAAUGACGACAUGCUCUACACCCUCAGUCUCUUUCUCCUCGAGCCCCUGCGCUGGAUAGCAUUAUACGAAUGGAGGGACCUGACCAUGUUCGAGAAGAACGCUUUGGCUAUUUUCUGGAAAGAUGUGGGCAACGAAAUGGGCAUCUCCUACGAGUGCUUGGUUCCCCACAUGAACCAAAAGGACGAUGCUUUGGCAUGGCUUGAAGCGCUCAAAAAAUGGUGUUUGAAGUACCAGGAGCACAACAUGGUCUACGCCAUCUCAAACGAAAAGCUGGCACACGCGAACGUGACUCUCCUCCUCAUGGAUUUCCCCGAGUUUAUGCGCAAUUUCACAUUCAGACAGUUGCGUUGCUUGAUGGAGCCCCAAUUGCGACAGGCCAUGGGGUACGAAACCCCAAGCAAGCUGGACUUCUUCAUCUUCGACAAUCUCGUAGCCUUCAGACGCGGCUUCCUCAAGUUUUUCUGCCUUCCGCGACCAAAAUGGUGGACAAAUCCUGUCCUCAAAGAUGUCGACGAAAAGACCGGCCGAAUGUAUUUGACGAAUUACCUCGCGCACCCAUACUAUAUCAAGCCGAGCUUCUACUGGCGAUGGGGUCCCUCUGCUCUAUACACUAGGCUGAUUGGCGGGCAUUUGCCGGGCGAUGAAGGUUCAAAAUACCACCCAGAUGGAUAUACUAUUCCAGAGGUCGGUCCCGACGCGCAGCGGUGCAAAGGCAAGGACUAUAUGGACCGUACGAGAGAGAGGAUCAGUCAAUCCAGGGGCUGCCCCAUGGCAUUUCAGGCAUGA